GCGCAGAGGAAGAGGCACACUAGGUGACUAAGGAAGAAGACGUUGAUUUCUUUUACAUGAGUUGUGUUUGGUGUUAUGAGUAAAUGGUGUUUUUGCUGCUUUACACAAGCCAGCAAUCGUUGCUAAGUAACCGCUAUUCGAGUGAAACAACGUUUUAAUAUCCGUCUGCUCAGCAACGUUAACUUUCCACUAUUAAGGUUAGCUAAGAUGACAUUGGUUCGGUCUCUGUCAUCCCACGUUAGGAUUGCUGUAAAGUAGACAUUAUCAAAGCACUUGCACAGUGUUCGUGAUUAGCUAAACCACAUCUGUUAAUCACACCGUGUCCUAACUUUACCGAUAAAUGUCUUCUUCAGCUCAAGCAGACGGAGAUGAGGUGGAAGAAGAGGUGGAGUUUGUGUCAGAGCAACCUCUCAGACCAGUGCUGGAAUGUAUUGAUCUGUCGAGUGAUAGCGAGGAUGAGGGAUGUUCAUCGGUGGCAGUCACAAUUGAGGAUAAAAUCAGUCGACAUAAAGCGCAUGUUGCCUCCACACUCGACAGGCUGGCUCACAAAGUUGCUCAGGAGAAAAAGCAAAGAGCAGAUAAAUGUCGAGCAUUCAAGGAGAAACAGAUCUUACAGAAAGCUCAUGGACAGCAGGAGUUGGCCUUUAGCUCCACAAACGGAGUUAAUCACGAAGCAAAGCGCUGUGUCGACAUGUGGUUAAAGAUGCCAGGUCUUCAACCCGGACUGAUCAGUGCUGGGUUUGGAAGAAGACGCGAACGUGCUCCUUUCCCCAGAAACACUUCAACUAGACACACUUGUCCUGUUAUCAACUGCGGCCGAGUUUUUGACAACACUUCCCUCCUCGAUGGGCACUUAAAAAGGUUUGAUCACUCCCCCUGUGACCCGACGAUCAACCUUAAAGGAAGUGCGUCUGAGGUGUUUGCGUGCGUUGCCUGCGGUCAGCAUUUUCAGACUAAAGAGUCGUGGAGGAAACAUCUCGAGUUUAAGGUGUCCUCAUCCAGUGCUGAUGGUCACAGCAUCGAUCAGACCUAUCAGCGGAUUGUGUGUUUCGCCUGUCCCGCCUGCUACCUCCUCUUCAACCUCAGAGAUGAGUGUCUUCAGCACAUGUCAGCCAAGAACCACUUCACGGAGUCACUCCCCAUGGACGAAACCAAAGGAAGAGCUAUGCCAGUUCCUGUCCCACAGCUUGUUAAGAAUCGACUCAUCGCUUUGUGCAAAGACUCAACGUUCAACGUCCGAUGCUCUUUAUGUCACAAAGUACUGGUCUCGCAUCAAGCAGCUCAAGCUCACUUUAAUGUUCACUGCAGACAAGGUUGUGCCGUGGCCAAAGCCGACAAGACGAUAGUGCAAGUGAUGAAACAGCUGCAGGUGCGAGGGCAGUGCUCGCUCUGCUGUAAAAUCUUCCUCAGCCGGGGAGAAAUUGAGAGACACAAAGAGUCGCUGCAGCACGACGUGGAGGUCAACAAAACAAUGGGAAGAGCGCUUCUUCAGUACUGCAGGAUCAGUGAAAUCCAACACAGGCAGAAGACCGCGAAGGAGAAAAAACAGUCCGCCGGCCUCGAGGCACCUUUUCAAAAGAGAAACAAGAAGAGCGAUUGCGGAUCUCCAGCUAAGCGACAGAGGCUGAGUAAGAGCAGUAGAAACUCUUCAAAGGCAUGGUUCUGCGAGUGUGGUCUGCGGUUCUCGGAGGAGGUCGCAGCCAGCAAUCACCUCCUGGCUGUGAACCAGGUUUUCCAUCAGUGCGGGGUCUGCGGCAAACACAUGGGAGAGUCUGCGAUCACCCGCCUGCACAUGAGUCGCUUCCACGGGGGAGCGCAUCUCUCCAACUACCUCUUCUACUGCCGCAAGUGCAAAGUGGAAAUGCCUCGGUACGAGGACAUCCUGUCCCACGUGUCGGAAGUUCACAGCGGACACACCUACUUCACCGAGCAGGAAGUGCCCGAAGAGCUGGCUGCGGCCGUCGACACCAAGCCGUCCACCAGCAGCGAAUUCGCCCUGCACGCGUCCUCGGCGUCCGAGCUCCAGCCGACCGCGGUGGACACGCCUUCUCCGAAACAGGAGCGGACUUGGAUGUGCAGGAUGUGCGAGGACGUCUUCGACUCGGAAGCGGCCGUCCACAGCCACUGCGGCGACCUGAGCAGCCACAGCUUCCAGAGAUUCGUGUGCGGACACUGUCCUCAGAAGUUCUUUAAGGAGUCCACGGUACGGAGGCACUGCGUGAACGAGCACGACGGCCAGAUAAAGAGCUCCCACUUCUGCGGCCUCUGCGACAGCAUGCCGUUCGAAUCCGAGGGCGACUUCUUGGCGCACUACGAGAGCCUUCACAGUAAGGACUACUACUGCAUGGAUGACGACGGAGCUGUUCAGCCAACUCUUGCUGCAGCUGCAGCUGCUGAAACGACCGCCCAGCUCACGUGCCCGUGCAUGGGGUCAGAAGAGAGCAAAGAAAUGAAAGCCACUUAUACGCAGUGCAUGAGGAACCUGGCCGCUGAUGGAAAAUGUCAGUACGUGUGCGCUCCCUGUAGCGUGUCCGCGCCUUCCUACGCACAGAUGAAGACUCACGUCCACACGAAACACCCGGCUUUAAACCUGGACAAGACCUUCGACGUAGAGUGCAGAGCUUGCCAGGAGAGUUUUAUGGAUGUCCCGAGUUUCCAUAAACACUAUCACUCCCAACACUGUACGCUGGAACCGUGCGCAAGUUCCAGGACCUGCAGGAAAAAACCCAAAGCAGAAACCACCACUGUAAGAAUACUAGACGCUGUGGAGAUCAAACCGGACAAAAAUGAGAUUGAAGAUGAAACACUGAUGAAGUUGCUGAACGUUGAUCAGACCGACAAGGAGAAUGAAUCGGAUGAUGAAAUGAGCCACGCGCUGACUUUGAGCGCAGAAGAAGCAAGAGAGUCAGCAGAGUUGGAAGAAGUUCUUCAAAGAAGUCUCCUGGAGUUCUAAGGACGUCGUAGUUGUUGGGUUUUUUGUCGCCGUUCAUUCAACAACAUAUUGUUUUGUAAAACCAGAAUGUAUUAAAUAAACGGUAGUUGCUA